AACUGGGCAAUGCGAGCUGCCUGCGCAAUGCCUCCUGGGAAGAGUAGUUCCGGAAUGUCCGACCCCUGUCUAACUGGUAGGUGGUGGAACCACAACUCCCAGCACCACCCAAAUGCUGCCUGGGAGGAGAAGCAAUUGUCACUGUUGUGGCCGAAGUCUAGGCCUGAGCCUGGAAAAAUGCUGCGGGCGUCCCAGGAAAGGUCCUCAAAGGAGAGGAUGGAGCUGAGUCGCUGGAAACGGAUCUCAAGGAAGCUGAAUCCCAAGUCUGCAUUGGACCCUGACAAUGUGGGGCACUGGAUUAAGAGAGUGGAGAAAGCUUCAGAAUUUGCCAUUUCAAAUACAUAUUCUACCAGACACACAGAUUUACCUGGAAGGCUGUGGCGACAUGCAGUAGACCUGGGGACAUGCGGGCAAACAGAAUAUCAUGAUGAUGUCUACGAAGAAGCUCAGGAGCUAGUCAAUGACUGGCUAGACAACAAACUUCAACAAGAAUUAGCAAGUGAUGGAGAAAGGGAAGGUGCUGUGCCAGCAGCCCUCCGGCCAGAUGCCCAUGGCCAUUUGAAGUAUGACAAGUUUGAUGAUUUAUGUGGCUAUUUGGAGGAAGAAGAGGAGAAUGCCACCGCUCAGAAAUUUAUAGAGCAUCUGCUCCAUAAAGAGGUGGUGGAUGCUGCGAUGGUGGAAGAGCUUGGAAGGAAGGAAAACCAAGGCAAGAGGCAGCAGAAGGACCCUCGUCUUACCAUGGAGAUGAGACAUAAGCAGGUAAAAGAAAAUCGCUUAAGACGUGAGAAACAAGUAGAGUUCCAGAGAAAGGAGAAUGCCCUGAAGAAAGCAGCCUUCUUGGAGGCCCAGUGUCUGGUUCAAGAAGAGAAGAGAAGAAAGGCUCUGCUGGCCAAGAAAGAGAAGGAAGGGAUUCAGAGAGAGAUGGUCAAGCUGCGGAGGGAGAUCCUGGAGAGAAGGCGUACUGUGGAAGAAGCAUGGAAAACAGAGAAAAAAAGGCAAGAAGAUUCCCAGAGGAAUCCAGAAGAAAAAAUGGUGGAAAGUGCUCACAUUCAUCUGAGUGAGGAAAAAGUUGCAAAAGAAAGAAAAAGAAAACUGAGAGAGAUACUAAUCCAGACUUUCAAGGAAAAUCACCAGUGUCAAAAACGGUAUUUCUCUGCCUGGCACAAGCUGAUUCUGGAUCAUAGGAUUAAGCUGGGGAAAGCUGGGACCCUGUCUGACUGGAAGCUUCAACUGAAGGUCCUGCGAGCCUGGAGAGACUAUACACGGUCCCAGAAGAUGGAGCGGGAGACCCAAGCCUUGGAAAAUGACCUUAGGGAAGAGAACAGAAAACAACAACUGGCUACUGAGUAUAACCGGAAACAAGUUCUUCGUUACUGCUUUUCCGAGUGGCAGCGUUGGCAUGGUUCAGAAGUUAUUAAGAGAGAGCUGGCUCUAGCCAAGGAGCAAACCAGGAAGAAAAUGGAUGAGCUGCUGAAGGCAGCCUCCCUCGGGAAACUCAGUUCAAAUGGGUCAUCAGGAAUCCGCCUUCUUGCCGAGACGACAGCCACAGUGGACCCGCCAGUAGAAAGUGGAAAGGUCACCAUCGUGCCCACUGCGUGGGAAAAGCCACCCGUGGGGAGCAGUGGUUGCAUGCUCAGCCAUUCCCCAGAAAGAACAACCAAGGGCAGUUUUCAGGGUCCCCUCCCAGAUGUCUCUGGGAGCACACCUGGGACAAAGCAGCCCAAGACUCCAGAUGCUGAGACCUCUGAACAGCCUGGUAGCCAUGAACAGCCUGGGACCACUAGCCAGGGAGCAGAGCCUGUUUGUGUGAGGCAUUUCCACCGUCGCCAUGUCUACCAGCAACAGCUGAUUGAGAGGCAAAAGAAGAAACUGGAGGAACAGCAGAAAACCAUUCAAAAGCUGAAGGAAAACCAGCGGUUGGCGGAGGCCCGGUGGGCAGCUGAGCGUGCAGCAGCGGUCACAGAAGCACAGAGUCACCUCCUGUCCAAUCCCAGAGGAGCAGAGGAACCACAGGGAAGCUGCCAGAGGCCUCCGGAUUCAUCUGUUCUCUCCUCAAGGUGUGAAGAUAGUAGAACCGAGUCCAGAAAUUCUCUUUCUGCAUCCAAAAGGAACCCGACAGCACCCCAUCCCUUAUUGAAAGCCAUGGAAGAGAGAGCAAUUCAACGAGCUGAACGUAGGCGGAUCUUGGCAGAAAGGAAGAAAAAACAAGAAGAAGACAAAUUGGCUCAGCUAAAGGCCCAAGAGGAAGAACGCCAGAAAAGGGAUGCUGAAGAAAAGGAAGCUCAGCUUGAGAGAAAACGAGAGGAAAAGAGGCUGAAGAAGAUGAAAGAACUAGAGAAACAGAAGAGAAUUAAGAGAAAUCAAGAGUUGGAAGCAGUAGCUAAAGAUCAUUAUGAAAAGGUCUUGCUAAGGAAAAGAGGCCUGGAGCCCUGGAAGAGACUGAGAAUGCAAAGCAAGCAAAACAUUGAGGUAGCAGAAGAACAUUACUCUUUGGCACUACAAAGAAAAUGCCUGCUCGGUUGGUUCCAGUACAGCCAGGAAACUCUGGCUACAAAGACAGCCCAGGCUGAUGACUUGUAUUCCCAGCUGUUGUGUAGAAGAGUCCUCCGAAGCUGGCUCCAGUAUGUCAAUGAUCUGGAGAAAGAAGUAAGAAAACUCUGUGUCCACGUACUGCAGAAGAAGGUUUUCAGGGCAUGGUUUAGCACAGUCAGGGAUCUGAAGAUCGAAUCCCAGGGAAAACUUGAGACUGCAGCCGAACACUGUGACAGGAAGAUUCUCAGUGUCGCUCUUCGGACAUGGAAGGCGUUUGUGAAAUUUAUGAAAGAAGAAAGAGUCAAGGAAGAACGGCGAGAGCAGCUCCGUCGGAAGGUUGCUGACAUCCUUCCAGACUUCCAGAUCCUCACACCGUUGUGACAGCUGUGUGCCAGGGGCUACAUGCUUGUCCUCAAGGGGGUCUUUGGUGCCAGGAUCCGUGCAGGUUAUCUCCACCCACACACCUAUCUGAACCUGGUUUACUUUCUAGAUGUGUCAUGGACCAGUGGAAAUAUCUUGGGAAUUUGUUCUUCCUUCUUGAUCUCUCCUGGGUUACUAGGCACCUGUUGUAAUGUCUGUCACAGUGGGGUCAACCAAAGGAGCAGUCUAGAGCACCACUGUUCAGUGUAUUUUAUAUAUUUUUAGCAUAAUAAACUUUAAAAAGGA